AUGAACGAGAACAAUCAACCAGACGAGAACCUAAAACGACAAGUCAAUCCAGAAGACAAGCUCAAUGAAAGCCUUUCAGUACCUGAGAAAUACGAGCCGGAAUGGUUGGAAGGGGUUCCUCUAGUCAUGGCGAUAAGCGGGACCACGCUUGUCGUUUUUCUCAUGUUGUUAGAUAUUUCGAUAGUCUCAACGGCCAUCCCCCAGAUCACAAACCAGUUCCACUCCCUCGACGACGUGGCUUGGUAUGGGAGUGCGUAUACAAUCGCGAGUGCCUCUCUCCAACCUCUGACGGGCAAAUUCUAUAACUAUUUUCAAUUGAAGUGGACAUUUCUUUCCUUCUUCGCCCUCUUCGAAAUCGGCUCAUUGAUCUGUGGAGUUGCCAAUUCCUCAAAGAUGUUAAUUAUCGGCCGUGCGGUAGCUGGCAUGGGAUCAUCAGGGAUGUUGAACGGAGCCAUGAACAUUCUCGCCGCUGCUGUUCCAAUGCAUAAAAGGCCGACACUGAUGGGAGUCAUCAUGGGAAUCGCGCAGCUCGGAUUAGUUUCUGGGCCACUGAUCGGCGGUGCAUUUACGACGUCUUCAACAUGGCGAUGGUGCUUCUACAUCAACCUCCCAAUCGGCACCCUAGUAGGCGCCCUCCUCAUAUUCACGCGUAUCCCGGAACAAAAGCCCAAGGAUAAAGCCAGCCACGUACUCCGGUUCACGCUUCUCUACAAAUUUGACUGGAUUGGCUUCGUCCUUUUCGCCCCAGCCUGCAUCCAACUACUCCUUGCACUACAGUACGGCGGAAAUCAGUACCCAUGGAGGAGUGCCACGGUGAUUGGGCUGUUCUGCGGCACAGUUGCCACAUUACUGGUCUUCAUAGCCUGGGAGCGCCACAUGGGCCGCGAUGCAAUGAUCCCGGGCUACUUACUCCGUGACCGGAUUGUCGUGUGCUGUUGUAUGUUCUCUAUGAUGAUCUUCGGUAUGACGAUGAUUCUGUCAUAUUAUCUGCCCAUUUACUUCCAGUCUGUUCGGGGCAAAUCGGCGUUAGUCAGUGGUGUCAAUUUACUACCGAACAUACUGUGUCAAUUAGUUAUGGCCGUUGUAUCAGGUCUUCUAACCGGAAAACUGGGUUACUAUCUCCCAUGGGGAGUCCUCGGCGCGAUGCUAAACGCAAUCGGCAGCGGCCUGCUAUCAACCCUCACACCAGAUACCUCGGUUCCAGAUUGGGCUGGAUACCAGUCCUUAGUCGGAUUCGGCAGAGGCGCCGCAACCCAAGUACCCAUGAUCGCGACUCAAAACGCCGUAGUAGCAGACGAAGUGUCGACUGCAAUGGCUAUCAUGGCCUGUAGCCAGACCUUGGGUGGAGCAGUCUUCCUAGCUGUUGGACAGGUCAUCUUUGCUCAGACGCUGCGUGUGAAGCUUCCCGAAUAUGCUCCUGCUGUGGACCCGGAAACGGUGAUCGCGGCUGGUGCGACGGGGUUUCGGGAUGUCGUGUCGGUGCGGGAGUUGCCGGGUGUUUUGAAGGCGUAUGGGAAGAGUGUGGAUCAGGUGUUUUAUUUGGGAGUUGGGUUGUCUGUUGCUCAGUUUAUCUUUGCUUGGGGGGUUGGGUUUAAGAAUGUAAAGAAGGAUAAAAGGGGGAAGGUAAGUGGGGAGGUGGUUGAUGAUAAGGCUUGA